AUGGUUGAGUGGACAGUGCAAAAAGUGAUAAAAUGCUUGAAACUUGUGGUUCCUAAGGAAGUAGGUUUCAAUUUUUUGAAAGCAAAAAAAUAUAUAUAAAAUGAAUUUUCAGAGAUUACCGAAAUUUUCGAUGGAAGAAUUCGAUAGUUUCAAAAAGUAUGGAUUAUUUGAUGAAACUGAUAUCAUCAAACAAAUUUUGGAAAUAAUUUAUAAAAAAUCACCAAAAACAAUGGAAAUGAAUGGAAGUGUUGAAGAUGUUGUGAAAGAAAUUUUGGAAAUUGAAAGAGUUCCAAUGUUGCACAGCUUUUCGGAUGAUGUGUUCGAAUAUUCGGAGGAUUUUAUUCUUGGACAAUUUGCUGGAUUAGAAGUAUUUGUGAACCAAAUAGUUCCACCAGCUACAAAUAAUUUUGAUGCGCUUAUGCAGAAACAAAUUCUGAUUUCGAAAACUGAUCUAUUGAUUUAUUUUUAUCGAGCAUUUGAAAUCUCAAAAAUGAGUGAAAUUGGUGGAUAUUUAGCGAAACAUUGGUUGCUUGCCUUCAUGAAUGAACGAUAUAAGGACUUGAGGAAUAGCUACGAGUUACUUGUUGAAGGAUUAUGGAAUCCGUUGAGAACACUUAUAAAGAAUUUGAUGAAUUCGGAUUUUGUGAGUUGUUGUUCAUGUUCAAUUAAUUUCAAAAAGAUUCUAGGCAAACGACAUGAUGGAUGAUGAGUGCCCUGUUAAUAUGGAGUGUAUUAUUGGUUUUUUACAAGACGAGGAAGUUGGUAAAAAAUAUCCGAAAAUUAUUGAAAAAUCUAAAAGUUUUCUCAGUGAACAAGCUAAGGUAUUUGAGUUUAUUUGAAAUUUAAAUAUGAAAAAAUAUUAUUUUAAUUCAGAAAAAUCCAAAAAAUAUCGAUACAUUAUAUCGUAAUGGAAUGAAGGAACUUCUACAAAUUUUUUUCACAAUAAAACGCGUUUAUGAAAGCUACAAAGAUAUUUUCAGUCCAUUCCCGAAGGGUGGACCUAUUUCGGAACAUCAAGUUCCAUUUAUUCGAGUUUUCCAUGAUAUCAAGCCUUUUGUUUUUUCAAAGGAAUUUGAAAAUGCUUUGAGAGUUGUUAUGAAGAAUCGUUUUCCGAACAAAACAUUUCCUGAAGGUUUGAUUCAAAUUGAAAGCGAAGAAGAUAGAAAAUUAGGAAUUGUAUAUAUUAUUGAUAUUGAAAAAGUUGAGAAAAUUUUGAAAAUUGUUGGAUUGCAAAUUAGCGACUUUUGUGUGAGUUUCAAAGUUUUUUUCUCAAAUUCAAAAAUAUUAUUUCGGUUUUUCAGAUUGUUAACAAGUCUAUUCCUCGAAAUUUCGAAGCAAUUAGUUUUCCAACAAUUUCUCCAUACGGAACUUAUUGCAAAUUGGUACCAUACGCAUUUCAACAAAUCUCACACUAUGUUUUAUCGGUUUUACAAGCUUUCAAAGAUGCCGACGAGCGCAAAUUUUUGGAAAUUACAAAAAUUAUUGAAGCAAAUGUUGAACAUGUAUUUUGUCAACGGGUUAUUUUUUUUUGAUUUUCAGAAAUACAAAAAAAUAAGUGUUUUCAGAAGUCUGGAUACUGUGUUGAAACUUGGAAAAUUGAGGAACUUUGCGAUAAAUUGCGUUGGGAACUCCGUAAAUAUAUACCAUAUGUAAAUUUCGAAAUUGAGAGGAAACCGAAUUAUGGGAAAAAGGAAAUUGUCAAAAUAAUUCGGGAAUUGUCAAAACCACUGGUUUUUAAAGAAGAAAUCAUUGAAGCUUACUAUAGCAAGGAAAUUGCCCGUUCUAAUGGAAUUAGAUAUCAUCACAUUUUUUUGUUCUAUAAUAUGUCCAUUUACGAGAAAAUGAUUCCAUUUAUCUACCAACUUUUCGGUUUAGCUGAAAACUCUGCAAAAGUUGUGCCGAAAAAUGUAGAAGUCAAAGAAUUUUCGACGAUGAAAAAAGGAUUUUUGAUUCAAAAACCGAGUGCUACUGUGAAAGAGAAGAAUGGAAAAGAGAAUGUUGAAAAAAAGCAGGAGAAAGCUGAUCCGAAAUUAGAAGAAAUGAAGAAGCAUAUGAUUGAAAAUGAUGAAAAAUCCAAAACUGAAAUCAAGAAAUUGCAAGAGAAGUUGAGGGAAUUGAACGAAAAAUGCGAAUCUACACAGGGACUUUUGAAAGAUAGAGAAGAUGAUGUAAACAAUUGGAAAAAUAAGUUUGAGAUAUGCGAAGCUGAUUUGAAAAAGGUGAAUCUAGAAAAUCUUCUAAAAAUAAUUAGAAUAUUUCAGAUCUCAACAGGAAAAGGAAGAAAAAGACGAACAGAUUUUGAAACUUCAAACAGAAAUUGAACAGUGAGAAAACUAUUCAUCUGAUUAGUAAAAAUAAUGUAAAUUUUAGAUUGAAAGAAUUGAGUGAAGAAAAGAUCCGAAAAUUGGAAGAAGAGCACAGAAAUGAAGUGGAACGGUAUUAUUUUUAAAGAUUUUUUUGAGUUAAAAUCACCAAUUUUUUCAGCUGUCGAAAUGAGAACCAAAAUCUGAUGGAGAAUUUUGAAAAGCUGAAAAUCGAGAAAAAGAAGUGAGUUGUUUCAAAUUCAAAUUCAAAAAAAAACAUAUUAUAUUUAGGAUCGCUGAAAAUGCUAGACUUCAAUCAAGAACUUCUGAAGACUCGUUUAAUCAUCAAGCAUUUGAACAAUGGUUUAUGACAGGCUACAAAUUGCUCGAGAAAAAUAAACGAAACCCAAAAGUCGCGGAAAGAUUGGAAAAGUAUCGAAGAUUGCUGGAAAUUGAUUAUGAUGAUCUUAUUGACACAUUGAGUUCACAAUUGAAUCGACUCAUUUUAUCGCAUCCAAAUUCUGCGGAAAUUAAGCUAAUUAGAACUCAAGUUUCUGAUUUUGAUGAGCAACUUGAUGAUUAUAUCAAGAAUAUUAGAAAGGAGAUCAAGAAAUUACGAGAGAAUACGAAUGCGAAUCCGAAUGAACAAUUGGGAGAAGAGAUCGAACAGUUUCCGAAUGAUCGAUUUUUGAAGAUUUAUAGAAAAUGGGUGAAAAAUGAUGAUCUUGAAAAAUUGUUAUGUGCAUAA